CAGCAAUGCGUCCCUCGCGUGGACGAACCCGUUGAUGACGAAGCAUGCCGUCGAGGCCGUGCAGAUCUCUAACUCGCGCGGCCCCUUCGAUGGCCGCAUCGCGAGCGACAUCCUCGAGCAGUGCGAGGCGGACAACGACUGCCCCGCGCUGAUGGCCCACUAUGCGGGGUUCACCCGGCAGGACGGCGAUCGGGCCGUUCAGGGCCUCAUGGGGUGCCGCGACGAAGCGACCUCUCAGGGGCAGCGCGAGGAGGCGCAGCGCCUGUUUGCCAGCUUCCAGGAGAUAUCAGAGGCAGUGGAGAC